AUCAAGAAAUAAGAUCUAAACCAAAAGAAAGAAAGAAAAAAAAAAGUAUGGGAAGGUCACCGUGUUGUGAGAAAGCUCACACAAACAAAGGAGCAUGGACGAAAGAAGAGGAUGAGAGGCUUAUAGCUUACAUUAAAGCUCAUGGAGAAGGCUGCUGGAGAUCUCUCCCCAAAGCCGCCGGACUUCUUCGGUGUGGCAAAAGCUGCCGUCUCCGGUGGAUCAACUAUCUCCGGCCUGACCUUAAGCGUGGAAACUUCACCGAGGAAGAAGACGAGCUCAUCAUCAAGCUCCAUAGCCUUCUUGGCAACAAAUGGUCGCUUAUUGCCGGGAGAUUGCCGGGAAGAACAGAUAACGAGAUUAAGAACUACUGGAACACACAUAUACGAAGAAAGCUUAUAAACAGAGGGAUUGAUCCAACGACUCAUAGACCAAUCCAAGAAUCAUCAGCUUCUCAAGAUUCUAAACCUACACAACUAGAACCAGUUACGAGUAACACCAUUAAUAUCUCCUUCACUUCUACUCCAAAGGUUGAAACGUUCCAUGAGAGUAUAAGUUUUCCUGGAAAAUCAGAGAAAAUCUCAAUGCUUACGUUCAAAGAGGAAAAAGACGAGUGCCCAGUUGAAGAAAAGUUCCCAGAUUUGAAUCUUGAGCUCAGAAUCAGUCUUCCUGAUGAUGUUGAUCGUCGUCAAGGCUUGGUGGGACACGGAAAGUCAACAACGCCUCGUUGUUUUAAGUGCAGCUUAGGGAUGAUAAACGGCAUGGAGUGCAGAUGCGGAAGAAUGAGAUGCGAUGUAGUUGGCGGUAGCAGCAAGGGGAGUGACUUGAGCAAGGGAUUUGAUUUUUUAGGGUUGGCAAAGAAAGAGACCACUUCUCUUUUGGGGUUUCGAAGCUUGGAGAUGAAAUAAUUAAUAUUGUCAAAUUUAGGCGUAACUGUACAAAACUUUUGCCUAGAUAAUUUCAAAGUAAAUCUUCUUCAACUUG